AAAUAUACCCAAAGCAACCUGCAAAAACAACCGAGAGAAGAAAACAUGGCUCGCUGUUUUAGAUCACUACUCAUAGCAAUAACAUCCCUGUGGAUGUUAUCUUCAGUACUGAUCAGGUCUUCCGAUGCUGCUGGAAUUGCCACCUACUGGGGCCAACACACCGACGAAGGAAGCCUGGAAGACGCAUGCCGGAGAAAUACCUACGACUACGUGAAUCUUGCCUUUCUGAUAAAUUAUGGCGGUGGCCAGACACCAGAAUUGAACUUAGCUGGGCAUUGUGAGCCAAGCGAUUGCUCCUCGCUUAGUUCUGAGAUAAAAGCUUGCCAGAGCCGAGGCACCCAAGUGCUUCUUUCUCUCGGUGGAGCUCCAAACCUCUCUUCCGCCGAUGAUGCCAAGGAAGUCGCGUCCUAUCUCUAUAAUAAUUUCCUUGGCGGUAAAUCAGAAAAUCGUCCAUUAGGCGAUGCUGUCUUAGACGGAAUAGACUUUCAUAUCCAAGCUGGAAAGAGGGAUUUCUUGGAUGAUCUCGCCAAGGCGCUCUCAGAAUAUAGCACAUCAGAGAGAAGGGUGCACUUAUCUGCAGCACCACAAUGUUUCUAUCCUGACUAUUAUCUCGACGCUGCUAUCAGAACUGGCCUCUUUGAUUAUGUGUGGGUGCAAUUUUACAACAAUCCGCCUUGUCAGUAUAGUAUGGGCAAUGCCAACAACCUCUUCUACAGUUGGAGUUCUCAUUGGGCAUCAUACCCAGGAGUUAAUAAACUAUUCCUGGGAUUACCUGCAUCCCCUGAAGCCGCUCCUAGUGGCGGUUACAUUCCACCUCGGGUGCUUAUUCGCGAAAUUCUUCCCUAUGUCCGGGGCUAUCCCAACUAUGGAGGCGUCAUGCUUUGGAACGCAUUCUAUGACGAGAAUUACAGUCAGGCAAUCAGGCCUUAUAUUAACCCUGAAACGCUGGCUUGCGAUCGCAAGUCCAUGCUAAAGUCCCCAAGCAAUUGCGACAUAAAGAUAAAGUCUUAUGUGACUAAAUAAGUUCCUCUCGUUGUCAUAUGAGAGAUGAAAUAAAUGUAAUCAUGGCUGUCUAAGCCAGAGAUAACGUGAAUAAAUAUAACAUGGGUUAUCAAUCCCCAGAGUUUGAUUGUCAA